AUGGUCAGGUUCAAGCCAUCCCCAUCACUUUUAAAUACUCUUCUAGGCAUUCCAAGUAGGAAGUCUCUUUUUGAUAUUGCACCAGAAAUAUCACAGGUCAUCAAAACUUAUAAAAAGCACAAACCGAGAUCAAUUAUAAACAAAGAUGAAUUGUUAUCAAUGAAAGCUUUUGUGGAAACUUUCUAUUAUAAUACCGAAAGACAAGAAGAAUAUCCCCAUAAUAUUAAAUCAUCAAGAUAUAGAGAUCUUGAAGGGUUCAAAAUGCUUUUAAGUACAACUUCACCUACAAUUGAUCCCGCAACAGACAUCGAGUUCAUACACGAACUCUUAGAUGAUCUUAUCGGUUCAGAGAAGGUCAAUUACCUUCUGAAGAAUAAAGAUUCUGGAAUUCAAAAACUUUUAAAUCCAUCAAGCAAAGCAUCAGUUAAGAAUAAACACUUGAAGUCAAUUAUAAUAAAAGAUGCAAAUGAGAUUGACGAUAAAACUAUUUUCAAAACGUGUGACAAGGAGUUGGAAAAGCUUUGGAAUAAUUUUCAAUCAAUUGAUGAUUCAAAAAGAAAAUUUGAAAAAUUGAAUUUACUUUUCGAUAAAUAUCACCGUGAGCUACAAAACCAAAAUUUCCUUUUGCUGGAUUGGGAAGAUAUAAAAGAGAAUAUAAGAAAUGAUAUUACAGAUAUUAAAGCACAAAAUUUGGAAAAUAUGAAUUUAAAGCUGUCCCCCAAUCUAAAAACUAUUUCAAAUUUAGUUUACAAGAAGAUCUUUAAGUCAAAAGAAUACAAUAUUGAGAAUCAUUUAACAAAGAUUUAUGAGUUUGUUGCAAAAAUACACAAUUUUGAUAAUCAUUAUAAAAAGAAACCAGAUGAAAUAGAAAUUGAAACUCAAGUGAACCAUAUUAUAACAAAUAAGUCAAAAGGCUCAAUUACCAAGAAUAUAAAAGUUUUAGAUAUAAUUCUUUACAGUGUUAAAACUUUUAGUUCCCUUAUAGUAGAGAAUAAAAGAGGUAGGUUGUCCAAGGAAGAAACAAGAAUCUAUAAUAAGUACAAAUCUACUAGAGAACUAAUGGGGUUUAUGAAUCAACUAACUGGGUACAUGAUUAGACAAAAGACGCUGUACGGGAUGAUCACCAAUCUCAGAGAAAGCAUCUUUUUUAGAAUAGAUUGUGAAAAUAGUGAAGUCAUUAAACGAACUAUUGAAAAUCAAGAACUUGAAUUUAUGGGCAUUAGUAUCUCUUAUAAGAUCAUCAAAAACACCGACAGAGAUUUAACAUUGAAAAUGUUCAUAUUUUAUGCGGUGACCAAGUUCAAAGAGGGAAACAAAGAUUGCAUUUUAACCGAUGAAUUUAUCAAAAAAAUGCAGAUUUAA